AUGAAUCUAUCCAAACCUUCUUCUUCCUCUUCAGCGGCAGACGCACCCGGUCUUUUGUAUGCUGGAUUUAAUCAAAAUUUUGGUUGUUUCGCGGUUGGCCUAGACCGCGGAUUUAGGAUCUACAAUUGUGAUCCACCCAAGGAGAAGAUGCGGAAGGACGAAGACGGUGGUAUUGCAAUAGUAGAAAUGCUCUUCCGGUGCAAUUACCUGGCGUUGGUUGGCGGAGGAAAAAAUCCAAAAUACGCUCCGAAUAAAGUCAUUAUAUGGGACGAUUUAAAAGAAACACCUAUAGUAGAAAUGGAAUUUAGGAACGAAGUGAAAAACGAGGAUUUAUUCAUAUCCGGCUUACUUAUCCAACCUCACAUUGAUUGUUUCAGAAUCGUCGUAGUUCUCCACAACAAAGUCUUUGUCUAUCGCUUUGAUGCAACGCCCGAGAAACUGCACACAUUCGAAACGAUAGACAACGAUAAAGGCCUGGUGGCUCUAUCCUCGUCGCCUUCCCAUGCAAUUCUCGCCACUCCCGGACGACAGAAAGGUCACAUUCAAAUUAUUGAUCUAAACACAACCCAUCCUAUUACCGUCAGUGGCAAUGCAAACGGCACUCCGUCAACGAGUUUAGGUCAACAUCGGCGUUCAUUCAGCGAUCACAAGACAGAAAGGGUGUAUGGAGAAACAACGAAAAUAAAAGGGCAAAGAACAGGGAGUAAUACAACUUAUAUGUCAACAAGCAUCAGCUUUAUCCCAGCACAUACGAACAAGUUAAGUUGCCUGGCUCUAAACGAGGAUGGAAGUAAGUGUGCUAGCGCUAGCGAGAAGGGCACUCUUAUCCGCGUGUUUGAUACAGCAUCCGGGAAGCUGUUGAACGAGUUGCGUCGUGGGGUAGAUCGUGCAGAAAUUUACAGUAUCGCGUUUAGUCAAGACUCGAGGCGUCUAUGCGUCUCUUCAGACAAGGGUACUGUACACGUAUUCAAUCUGUAUGCCGACGCGGAGAAAGGACCCGGUCCUGUCGAUAAUGGCAAGGCUCACUAUGGGGAAGUGGUCGUAAAUAACCCAGUUUUGGCUCCAUCGAGUGGAAAUCGGCAGUCGAGUCUCUCAUUUAUGAAAGACCUGCUUCCCAAAUACUUUUCGUCCGAAUGGUCGUUUGCUCACUUCAAGAUUACGCCUGAUUGUCGAUGCAUUUGUGGGUUUGGUCAGGAAAGCCAUACAAUCAUUGUUAUCUGUGCGGAUGGCACCUGCUACAGAUACCUUUUUGACGAGAGAGGAGGCGAAUGUGCUCGGAUGAGCUCUGAGAAUUUUCUCAAGGAUCAAGACUAG